AUGGAUUCUCAUGAUAUCAACCUCAGAACCAGGAACGUGAGUGCUAUGAUGUCUGGUAACCAUACUACGAGCUUCACUGAACUAGAGGAGACCUACAGGAAGCUCCUCGAGCCGGGAUCGGCAUUCAACUGGAUGGAUGAAUCUUCGGAUACCGAGAUGAAUUCGAGAGACGAGAUAAGCUCUACCAGUUCGACAGAGACACUAACAGUGUCGGACGAAGUGCUAAUGCAUGAUUUUGAUGACAUGGAGUUUGACAAGCCCUGUGCCAGUGAGAGAGAAGAGGUAUCUGCUGGCUCCAACAUGGGCUGGACUACAACCGAGGGGAGCGAGUCAGGCAAUAGGAACCACGCUAUUCAAAGGGCUUACCGCAAUCUCGGCUACAACAUCAGCAAUUUUCACCAAAGCCAGAGACUAGAUCUCGAUGGUCGUGGCACGGAGCUUGAAGAAGCAGCAGCGCGUAGUGACUAUCAGGGAUUGGCCCCGUCAAUGGCCUCUAGCGAGGACGAGGAGAGCGCCGAGGUAAGGCUCAUCAGGGUCGAGAUCGACCGUGAAUUCAACGCUCGCGACGCCUACCUGGACGAAGUAGACGAGUCCGAGUCAGUCCACCACUUCAAUUGGCUUGGGAAUCCCGUCCCACAAGAAAGCCGCACACCACCGGUGAUCUCACUCUUCUUCCAGCUAACCGAUCCGAAGGUCCCCAGAGCGGGAGACGAGCUCCGCCUCAAAGCCCUGUUGAAGAAUGCUAUGGUCUACAUAGACCCAGUAGUCGUUGACCUCGAAAACAGAGGACAGAGACUCCCAGGAACGAUCGCUGACUUCGUCGAAUGGGCAUCCAAGCUCACCUUCAGGUACUACAGCCCACACGGUUGGUGGCGCAAUGAUCCCAGGAUAACCGAGGAUGAAUGUCUGCAAGAUCCCGGCAACCCUUACGACUAUGUGCUUGAGGACUUCGGUGUAGGCACUGGCUUCGUGCAAGAAAACAAAUUCCCAUCGUCCCAGGACUGGUUCGAGAGGCAACAAUCGCGGCUCGUCGAGCUCGAACAGACGGAUCUGAACCGGCACUACAAGAAGGAUAAAAAGAAGGUUUUCACACCCUCACCCCUUCGGGAGUCAACUACUUGUGAGCCUGAUGAAGCACCUCCCCUAAUCACCGGCUCGGCGGACAACUCGCUCGAGAGCUUCCCGACUCGGAUGAGGAUUAUGAGCGAUGUGCCGCAGAGCGGUGCUAAAACUUGCCUGCAACAAGAUCCGCACAUCCCGGACCUUUACACCUUGACCUUGCAAGGAGAGUUGUCAGAGGGGCCGGAGCAGUCCAGUCUCGGGGACAAUUAG